UUUAAAUUUCAAAGAUUUCAUUCUUGUGAUGAUUAUCAGAAUUAUAUAAGAGUCAUUUAAUUUCUUCUUAUAUGUGAUAGAACACAAUACGUUGAUAGUAUCGUAUACGAAUACAUAUCACGUGUGAUUAAUGACGCGUGAUGUGAUAACAGAAACUUGGGAGUCGACGACGCGGAACGCGAAAGUUGAAAAAGACUUCAACGAUGCUGACCGAAUAGAAAAUUUAUUACAGCCUUGUUUAUAACCACCUAGUAUUAUAUCGAAAUGUUUGCAUGUGUUUUGCUGAAUCUGAAACAAAUAUAACGUAUGUCUAGUAACUGAUAAGCAACUAUUAAAAUAAAUUCAAACAGGGUCCCACACAAAAUAUACAUUUAUUAAAAUGUUUGACAUAUAGGGUUUAAGCACCCUAAACGUUACUAACUUGUCGUAAACUGAAAUAUUGAUAGCUAUUAUUUUGGGAUUCCCUUAAUAUUUCACCACAAUUAACGUGAAGGCAUAAGGGUGUUUAUAUCGCAUCUAUAGUGUAAGUAAACGCUGAGAACUAUGAAAGGCUGUAAACAUUUUUUUUUUUAUCAAUAUUUAUAUUCUAGCUCCUCGAAUUCCUAAUUAAUAUUUCCAUUAAUGUAUCCUGCUAUUAAAAUUAUUCAAAAGCAGGAGCCAACGGAAUAACUGGUCAAGUCUGCAUUUAAACUGGUUGUGUUACAGCAUCGUGUUUAAUCAAGAAAUGAGAAGUAAUGAGAUAAAUAUUUUCUUACGCAUAAGGCAAACAGAGGGCUUUGAGCUCCCGUAUUCCACAAUUUACGACGCGACGUUUAGUCGCAAGUAUUUUAUGGAAAUACCAGUCUUUUAUUGAGCUGAAAAUAAGUACAUUUUAUUUUGUUUUGUUUUAUUUUGAGAUAUUUUAAAUCGAUUACAGGGAUGGUAAACGAUCUUUUACAUCGGGAUAACAUUUUCAAUAUCAUAAAACUGUUGUUUGGUGAUUGUGACGCAAUUUCCAGAAACUAGCUUGGCAAAGCGCGAAACUUGUGUCUAGUGAUGUUCUCGAUGCACGCACGUGCAUCCGUCACGCUUCGAAGACAAUCCGACAUUUAGUCCGUCCUUAGCCUUCGCGGCACACGUACGCACCUCAGUGACUAUGUAUAAGUGUACUCCCGGCGUUAUAUGUAGCAAGGCAUAAAUCUUAAAGAAACUUUAGGCAGCGAAGUUCGGAUGCGUGUGCACCGAGGGAGAAGCAGCUGAGGGCCGGCCGGGCCAGAUGGCGGACGUAGCAGUGCGAGCCCUGCUCUUCACCGCGUUACUGGCCACCCUCGCUGACGCUGGUGCGGCACGGUUUGGAGAUCGCCUAGCACCACGUGUUCCUGUUCCGUACGCACCACGCAACAUUCCAGCUGAACUCCAUUAUUUAGAGAAUGAGAACAAUAGGGUGAUAGAUCAGAAUUAUGAUGAAAACGUCAAUGAUGAACGAGUCGAGCCACAAAAAGACAUUUUACCCUCACCGCGACGACCCACUCGUACGGAGGCACAUCGACUAGAAAUGAGCACAGAAUAUUUUGUCAUACCUCAUCGGAAGUCAUCGGUACCAGCGGUUUCCACUUCAAGAGUAGUCGUCGUUACCACAUCACGUCCCGCAAAUACAACCGCCUCAGUAAUAAUAGCACCACACAAUGUACAGAUAUUAAGAGCGCAACCAUGGGCCGUACCAAUAUUGGCAUUAGCGUGUGUGAGCAUGGCAAUUAUUGGAGGUUUUGAAGCAUUUAUAGUGUGGGGUGCAAGUCGGAAAGCGCCAAGUCAACGUCAUCUACUUCUAGGCCAAUGUUUAUUGUUCGGACUUUUUACUUGUGCAGCGACCGCAGCACUCUUUACCGCAGCGCCAACUGCAUUUACAUGUGGUGCCGUACGAUUUGGAACAGGCGUAGCCUAUGUGAUUGUUUUUGCGUCCCUAUUAGUGAAAUGUGUAUUUUUGUUAAGCUUAAAUGGUGGAGUGUACUUACCAGCAGCAUACCAAGGACUUUUAUUAUUCUUUGCCGUAAUGAUUCAAGUUGCAAUAGGAGCACAGUGGAUAGGAGGGUCGCCGCCUAAAGUGGCCAACGGGGCCAUGAAAUGUGAUUCACCACUUGCUGACCUAUUACUUUCAUUAUGCUAUGCCGCUUUUCUGAUUGCUGUGGUUUGUGGUGUAGCGUUAAGAUCACGAGGAAUUCGCGAUAAUUAUAGAGAAGCGACUCACAUUGCUGGUGCUGGCGGUGCCACUGCAGCCGUGUGGAUCUGUUGGAUAGCGGCUGCAUUAGGGGCACCGGAACAGCAUCGUGAAGCAUGUGUAGGAGCGGGCCUGAUAAGCACAUGUGCAGUCGUAUUCGCUUUAAUGUUUGCACCAAAAGGCAGACGAUUAGCUGCACUAGGCCGCGAAGGAAGGUGGGAUGCCGAUAGAGAGGAAGGACUCAGCUCCAUAGGCGCUGGUGGUUCUGGUUACUCACCGUCCUUUUUCCACUUCAAACCAGUUAAAUACGGAAUGGUGUCUGCCGCUGCCCCAGUUCCAACGCCAGCGCCUGUGAUAGACCGCAAGGAGCACCAAGCUCAGCCAGCCGAUUAUUACGGAGCUCUGUACGCCGGUUCGCACCCGCACUCACGUUCACUGUGUCCACCGCCACAUUACCCCCUGCACCCACUAACGCACUACCACUACAAUUACCAGCACUAUAAUUAUCUCCUGCCACCAGGCGUUAUGAUGCGUCCAGAGGAGGGCAACGUGUACACGAGCGUGGAGCCCACCUUCAGCAGCAACCCCAACGUGUAUUUCCAACGACAGGAACCUUUGCACGUCGGCAUGAUGUACUGAGCCGCUGACAAACCAGCGUUCCACGCGAACAGUGAGAUUUGACAGUGCAACCCCUAGUCACCACUUGUAUAUAUAUGGUGAUUCAAAAUGUCUACCAUUAUUUAUUGAUGAAACGACUUCAGUGACAAUAAAAAUGGUUGCGAAUGUUAUUUAUAAGCUAUAUAAAGCUAAAUGUAAAAAUAGGGGAUGAAUAACACAUUAGCAUAUCAAAGUAGUAAGAUACUUAAUAUAUUAAAUUGUGAUUUAUUUUUAUAAUACCCACCCAAAAUAAUUUGAGAACACUCAAGGUCUACUAUAAUGUUAGCUAAGUAAUGUAAGUUAUAUAUCUAUAGGACUGUAAAUAAAACUAAAGACUGUUAA